GGAUUAAAGGAUGGGAAGGAGCGGUUCAAAACUCAAUAUCCCACAAUGCACUUCUCAAACAUGUUCAGUUUCCGUGGAAAUGGGGCAAUGGUGCAACAUGCUGCCGCAGGAAUGGUUUAAAUUUGUGAACCAGCAAGUGAAAGUGAGCACGGAGGAGAAACAGGAGUAUGAAGGCUUGGUGUUUACUGUGGACCCUGUUUCAGCCAGCGUCGUCCUCGUGACCUUCGACGAGAACCGAAGUGCCUCUGUGAGGGUCAUCUUGGGUCAUGCCGUGAGAGACGUGCAGCUCGUCAGGGAAGGAGAUGAAGACACAGAGAGGAAGAUGAGGUCUCUCUUUAUUCCUGCUGCCAGUCUGGAAUUCAGCACAGAGGAGCUCGAGGAACGCAAGAAGGACCUGAGAGCAUGGCUGGAGAAGAACCUCAUUCCUGUUACUGACGAGGGCGACAUCUUGCGCGUAGCCAACGUGCUCACCAUCGGCGCCCCGUACGGCCCCGAGCAGUGCAGCAGCAGUAACGAGAUCAUUCUGGCGAGAGUGCAGAGUCUUGUGGAAAGCAAGCCGGGACGAGAGAGCCAGCAGUGAGAGUUCAGCUCGUCACAUAAUGUCCUCUCUGUGAGAGUUCAGGAAGUCCACAUGCUCCUCUUUCUACUGAGGGAGAUUGUGAAUCCAUUGGACUUUGAUUAAAGUACUGGCUGCACUCACAGGCUGUUACUUUUUUUUUUUUCUUUCCCCCGAGUACUACGUACGUACAUCUGUCCAUCAUGCUGAUUACUGGGCCUUAUUUAUCAAUCUGGAUAUGAACAAAAUCACUCACAGGAGCAUUUACGCAAGAUAUUUGGUGUUCAUGAAAACAGGACAGAAAAAUGUUUCUCCUUUGACAGGCGUAUAACGAGACUCGUAAGGUGAACCGCAAUUGAUCAGCUUCAAAUCGUAGAAUUUUUUGGAGUUCCUGUAAUAUUAUAUUGAAAAUGCUUAUUUCAAUUACACACUUUCUGAAACUUUCAUAUUCCUGAUUUGAAAGAAAGCAAUCCAGAACAAUUCCAAAACCUAAAUCAAGACACAAGACUAGCUGUUCAGUGAGAACAAAAGUAAUGACCCCCUAUAAAAGGAUGCAUGAGUGUGUCUGAUAGCCAACGUGCUGCAGUGGCUGAGCUGCAUUACUGGAAGCUUUAUGACCUGCUCUUUCACCAUUUAGUCAUCAUUUUCAUCAGCUCUUAACCUUUUAUGGAGUUUUGUGGGCAUUGCUGAAUGCAAGUGGUCUGGGAACAUGCUUUGUACUUUUACAGGAGGGUGAAGAUUAAAAGACUGGUAAACGAGGCCUAAAUGUGGACAUCGGGAACAUUGUGUGGGUGUGUAUGUAUAUAUUUUGCUGUGCUAAGCCGAGCCGAGUCAAACUUGGCAUCAUCAUCUUUUUUUGGAAAAGAGACACUGGUCAGGUAAAUAAAGAAACCAAACACAUCGUAGCUUAUGAGUGCAUGGAAAAAUAUGGGUUUUCUUUCCUGGACUUAAGAACAGGAACUAAUUCUGAAGUAAUCAUGCAGUUUGUAGUUUUGUAUUAAUAAACUCUUUUUUUUUUUUUUGUUCUGGAGAGUAUUUGGUUGGUGGUGAUAAAAACAUAGAUCACAAUUCUGUAAUAAAUGUCAUGACAAUGA